AGACAUGAGUCUCCUGGAAUUCGACAGCCUUGGGUAUAUGCGGUGGCGCGCGCGAGCGUGACUGGGCCUCCUAGUGACGCCGCCUCCCGUAUACUGACGCGACGCACCCGCCGCUGCCAGUGCCGCGGGCAGCCCGCCCGCCGCCCGCCGCUCGCGCCGCACGGCACACGCGCCGCCCGUCAGUCGCGGUGGCAGGCGAGCCGCGCAGGGACGCGACGUGGUGCCGUGAGGCGGCGGCGGCGGCGGCGGUGGUGCGACUGUCGUUCGUGACCGGUUCACGUCCGUUCCGUGUCCGUCCCGUGACCGGUUCGUGCUCGUGCAGCCAUGGUGCGGCCGGCGCACGGCGGCUCGUGUGUGCGCGCUGCGCUGCGGUUCUGGAGGACGCCGGUGGUUGUGCUGACUCCGUUACUAGCGCUGAUCGUUCCACUGCUGGCCCGACAACAGAACGGUGAGAUCCCGCAGGAGGCUCUGUGCGGCUACUCCAUUAUCGUGAUGGCCGUCUACUGGAUGACGGAGGCGCUGCCGAUCCAGGUGACCGCGCUGCUGCCCGUCGUCUUGUUCCCCAUCACCGGGGUCUUGACCACGAAGGAGGUAUGCGGUCAGUACAUGACAUCGGCCAACAUGCUCUUCUUCGGCGGUCUGAUGGUGGCCGCGGCCGUGGAGCACAGCAACCUGCACCUCCGGAUCGCGCUGCGCGUCCUCAGCCUCAUGGGCACCGGCAUCAAAUGGCUGAUGCUCGGCUUCAUGGGUGUGACGAUGUUCCUGUCGAUGUGGAUCUCCAACACGGCCACCACUGCGAUGAUGGCGCCCAUCAUUGAGCGGUUGGUGAACAUCUUGGUGGAGCCGAGCGCGGACGAAGAAGACCAGGAGCAGGGUGCCAAGGGCAGUAUGGCACCGCUUCGGCCUCCGUUGGGCGUCACGCGCAGGCAGCUCAGCACGGCGCUGUACAUCUCGGUGGCGUACGCAGCUAACUGUGGCGGCACGGGCACCCUGACCGGCACCAACCCCAACCUGGUGCUCAAGGGACAGCUGGACGAGUUGUUCGGCGCCGAGACAGGCCUUACAUAUGCUAAUUUCAUGCUGUUUGGAGUGCCCUCCAUGCUACUAUGCACACUGCUCGCCUGGAUUUGGCUCGUCAUUCUCUUCCUCGGCAUCAAGCAGUUCUGGUGCUGCAAAGAUGAGGACUCUUCCCAGUUUGCCGAGGUGAAGAGGUCACUGCAGCAGCGCUACCGCGACCUGGGGCCCAUGUCGUUCCACGAGGGCAUGGUGCUCUUCCUGUUCGUCGUGCUCGUGCUGCUGUGGUUCCUGCGCUCGCCACGCUUCAUCCCCGGCUGGGCCGAGCUCUUCCCAACUGCGAUAUCUGACGCAACUCCAGCCAUCUUUAUCGUGGUUCUGAUGUUCAUCAUACCAGCGAAACCGAAUUUCGCCUUCUGGUCAGCGACCAGCCGAGAUCAGACUAAAGUGAGUCAGGGUCUUCUCACGUGGAAGGCGGUCCAUGAGAAGGUGCCGUGGGGAGUUCUUGUCCUGCUCGGCGGCGGGUUCGCGAUGGCACGCGCCGCCAAGGACUCUGGCCUGUCGGUGCUGAUCGGCGACCGGCUGUCGUUCGCGUUCGACCUGCCGCCGGCGGCGCUGGUCUUUAUCGUGUGCCUGUUCACCGCCAUGGUCACCGAGGUGUCCAGCAACACGGCCACCGCCACCGUGCUGCUGCCGGUGCUGGCGGCCGCCGCCCAGGACGCCGGCGUCAACCCCAUCUACCUCAUGCUGCCCACCACGAUGACCUGCUCGUACGCGUUCAUGCUGCCGGUGGCCACGCCGCCGAACGCCAUCGUGCACCAGGCGGGCGGUCUGAAGACCAAGGACAUGAUCCGCGCCGGCGCGUUGAUGAACGUGCUGUGCGUGGCCGUGAUCACGCUGAUGACCAACACGCUGGGGGUGGCGCUGUUCGACCUGCACACGUUCCCCGCCUGGGCCAACGUCACCAGGAACGGCACGGCCACGUAGGAGGGGAAGGGAGGGAGAGGGGGGGGAGAGAGAGGGAGGGGAGAGCAGAGAGAGAGAGAGGGAGAGAGCAGAGUGAGAGAGAAAGAGAGAGAGAGAGAAGGGAGAGAGGGGGAGAGAGAAAGACAGAGAGAGAGAGAGAGAGAGAGAGAGAGAGAGAGAGAGAGAGAGAGAGAGAGAGAGAGAGAGAGAGAGAGAGAGAGAGAGAGAGAGAGAGAGAGAGAGAGAGAGAGAGAGAGAGAGAGAGGGGGAGGGGGCGUUUGAAUGUAGUUCUGCUCAACGAGAAAGUUUUAUCUUCGAAGAAUCGUGGGAAUGUGACUGUGGGGAAACAUAACACGAGACGAGGCAAUAAUAGCGCUUUAUGAAAGAUAAUCGCAUGAACGUUAUGUGCAUCGCCGAGUAGCCGUUUCAUUAUCAUUCUGAUGCCUUCAUGUUCAUGGUCCUGCUCAUCUGUGACGUGCCUGUUGUACUGUAGGUUGCAAAUCUCGCAAAUGGUAUCUUAGUGUUAUGACGUGGUGUGAGUGGCAACCAUUCAAUUCGAAAUGUUUGAAUUUAAUGUUUCUCUAGACGGCUUACCUAAAAGCAUCUUAUUUGAGCACUGUACUUCAAAUGCAGCUUCUUCACUUGGAAAGAACAGGUUAUUAAACAGUUUACGAUCUUCCAAAUCCGAUCAAAUAGGCGACAUUUGAAAGAAAAAUAUUUUAUUUGCCUUAACUGGGAUUCCGUUUUAGCCUUGUACUUGGUUUGCCAAUGCUGCGUCGGGAGACACACAGUGCCAACUUCGUUUAUACUGGCAUUGCCUGUUGAAGUAUCGUUGUUCUUAUUUUGCCCUAGAAAUCCCUUGGCCUAGCUCUUAUCUUCAGACGGAGUGUAUGGUUCAUGUGCUGAAGUGCUGUGCUGUGCUUGUGUAUUGUGCAAGCCAGUCGGGAACUGGAUUUGACCAAGACGGUGACUUGCCAUUCCAUUGCCAUGGCGCUCGGCGCAGGCGACAGACAGUAUCCAUACAUACUACGCUGAAUUUUCCAUUGUGUGUCUGCCGGUGUGCCGUGUUAGGCGGGUUCGAAUAUUGCUGCCAAUUUUACAAGUGAUGAAAGCGGCUAUUCGAGUACGUUUGUCAACAGCAUUACGCGGUUCCAGUAGCCCGAGGGGUCUUUUGAACGUCUUUUCGACGAGCAGGUCAUGCCAUUUUUAUAGACGCUGGUUGCCAAUUACAAUGUGACUUCCAUCCUCUCAGUGUUCAAAGUGUUACAAUACAUGGCCUUCGACGCGCGUACAAACGCAUUUGUUUAAAUACAUAUAUCGUUCUUU